UUUUUGACAGUUGAAUUUCGCCGCAAAAACGUAAACAAGUGGAUUGUGCUGUGCAGUUUUAUUUUGAACUUAAGCGAUAUGGAAGCGGUUCAAGUAAAAACGGAGGAUGAAAGCGAGGAAUUGAUACUGGCGGAUGUAGUUGUAAAGGAGGAGUAUUCUGUUGAGAAGUCCUCUAGCCCUCAAUACGAAGGACACGCGAGUUGGGAACAGGAUCUUCCCAGUGAUAAGGCAGAUAUAAAACCGGAGUUGGGUAAAGAUGUUGAACCACAAGAACAAUUCAGUAAUAAGAAACAAAAGCGCCGUAAGAAACCUGUAGUAGGAGUAAAGUCUAGAAAGAAAUUUAAGUGUUCAAUAUGUGAGAAGAAAUAUACUUCGUAUCAAAUAAGGCGAACUCACUUUAAAAAAAUGCACCCCGAAACAAUUGAGAUGCCAGUUCGAUCUCUUCUUAAACAAGGACGACCGUCUAACAUAGUAAAACUCGUACCAUCACUUUUACAAUCAAACCCAAAUAAAGUUACGAUAAUUCCUAUAAAAAAUCAACUGUUAAAACAAAAUUCUUCUGCACACAAACGCUCUGCACUCAAGUAUUCACCUCAGAUACGCUAUGAAUGUGGAAUUUGUUAUGAGAAAUUUUCAAAUGAAAUAGAGACUCACGAUCAUAUUCUGGAGAAUCAUGUCACUUCAGUAGUGGAUGAAGAUACUUAUAAGGUGGAACAUAUUUGUCCAUUCUGUGAUAAAAGGUUCGCAAGGAGAGUCCUUAUGUCUGCUCAUCUCCUAGGAAAACACAUUGCUAAGAAGCCAAUUGCAUGCACCUAUUGCGGCACUGAGUUCAAAUCUCAUGAUGAACUAAGUAAACAUUUCAGUGUCUGCUCAAAAUUAUUUCACUGCGAAGUUUGCCAGAGGCCCUUUAAUACAAAGCCAGGGCUCGCAGCGCAUUCUCAAGUACAUAAAAAGCAUAAGAACAAUGGAAACACAACUGAGGACAGCAAUAAUACACUGCCAGCUGCAAAAAUUUCAGUGGAACCACUCAGUGUCCAAGAGGAACCUCAAAGUUCUGAAAUCGAAGAGAUUGGCCAGUCUGAAUCUGAACAGCCCAAGAGAAUUGCAAAAGUGUUCUUUGUGGAGUGCCAGAUGGAGUCAUACUUACAAGAUAUGAAGAAAAAAAUUACAAAUUAAAUAUACGAAAAUAUGAUUAA